AUGCAAUCAUCUUCUGCUCCUUUUAAUAAUCCAGAUUCUACCAACAAACAUGCAAUCAAUACUCCUGAAUGGUUUGAGUCUGUGCUCAAAUCGGCCUCCUCCCUCUCUGAAUUGCAUUCAUUACAAUUGAAGUAUGGCUUAGAGAUGAAUCAAGGGAAAGAUGUCUUUAUGGCAUCUCCCACAGGCUCUGGAAAGACUUUAUUCAUGCAUUCAGGAGCCAUUGUAGCACAAGCUGAUAUCGAUGCAGUGGCGGUGGGAAGGAAGCUAAGCUCAGUAAGCGGCCAACCUUCGGCCAACGCUCGCCUAGAUCAAUUUGAAACUCCGAGGCUACCCUCAGUGGGCCUCCCUCGUCAGAUCCAGACUUCCCAUGAGUGA